AUGUUGACCAUGAUCUUGUUCUGUUCAAUUUCAGUUAGGUUUCUCCUCCACACUGGAUUGAUUCAGCCUAAUCGUGUUGAUGUUUGCUUUAAUAACCAAAGAAGUUUACAACUGAAAGGAGAGUUAUCAACACCAAAUAUUUGGUGUAGCAGUGUUAUCCCUCCAGGUCAAGACCGUUAUUACUACAAACUCUACCUAGAUGCUAGUAACCCUGCAGUGUUUGAGAAUACUGAAUGGUUUAAGCAGCUUCCUUACACUCACGUUCACCAUGACAUUCUGUUAUCAAAUCUUCCCUCUUCGUACUCAUUGGGCUUUAUGUACCAUCUACAAGACAUUUACGCAAGCACAGAAGAAAGGUCCUCAUGCCACAUAACGAUAGCUGAACUAAAUCAUCUUAUGCAUCCAUAUCACGGAAACAAAAUCUCAAAAAGUCUUCGCGAAUGUUUCCCAAAGCACAAAGAGGAAUUAAAAACUACUGCCUUGUUAAAGUGGAUAAAUUAUUCCAUUCAGAAUGUGACAUCAACCAGUCAGCUGACUGUUUUGUCUAUUCUUGUUGCUCACUUACACUCUGAUAUUGAGAUAGUCAAAGCUAUGGAAGAAGCUGAACUUCGGAAACUCAUAGGAAGUAUUCACAAAUUUGAGAAAUCCCAUGUAGAUUUUUGGGAUGGCAAUAAGUUGAAACAACUGGUUGCUGAUGCUCUAAAGAAACUCAAGGAACACCAUUGGCUCUAUGUUGUUCUUUACUGCUACCCUAUCUUUGAUAGAUCAUCUGUAAUGCAGUUUAAAACAAAGGCACCUGACAAGUCUCCGUCUCUGCAGUGCAUUUCAGAUGUUCUUCUUCCUCGUUUGAACAAGAUUAGCUGUGUUCAGGACAAAACAACGAUCAUUGAGGAUAUAAAUGCAUUCGUAAAAAAAAAUCUGCGCGACAAAACAAGUACCUCAACUGAGAAACAUCAGACGGAAGAUCAUCCAAAGGAUGUUUCGUCAAGCGGUGAUGCUAAAGAUCUUGAGAUAACCGAUGUAGAGCCUCCACAUGCAGAAGCUGACUCAACUAGUCAAGACGAAGGGACAUCUGAGCUUCAGAAGUCAAUCUUAGAGCACAGUGAUCGAUGGGUAACUUUUAGUUUUUUAUAUUCACAAAAUACUGAGAGAGAAAAAGGAUCUUUUUCAUUGUUGACAAACGAUGAAACAAUCAAAUAG